AUGAAAGACGAGCACGCUUAUUGUUCUCAUGUGGAGGCAGAGCCAGAUGGCAAACCAUGGUAUAACGACAUCAAGUUGUAUUUGGAGAAGAGGGAGUAUCCCCAAGGCAUCGCGAGUAAUCAAAAGAAAACCAUCCUAAGAAUGGCCAAUGGUUUCUUCCUGAACAAAGAAAUACCGUAUAAGCGGAUGCCGGAUUUGGGUUUGCUCCAAUGUGUAGAUACUGCUGAAGCCACAAAGCUAUUAGAAGAAAUACACGCUGGGACUUGUGGGCCUCAUAUGAAUGGUUUUGGGCUGGCCAAGAAAAUCAUUCAGGCAGGAUAUUACUGGAUAACGAUGGAAAGCUAUUGUUGCCAAUUUGUAUAA